GUGAAGCCCCUGUGCUCUCCCACCAUGUCCGACGCGGUCCCGUCAACGUCGCCUACCGCUCACCACCAUCACUACGACCUCCGAACCCGGUACAGGGCGCGCCAGGUUCGCGAGAGCCUCGCGAAGCGGUUCACGAAGCUCCUCUGCUCCGCCGUGCUCUCCCUCCUCUUCGCCGCCGCAUUCGUCCUCUUCAUCCUGUGGCUCGCCCUCCGCCCCCACCGCCCCCGCUUCCACGUCUCCUCCUUCUCCGCCUCGCCCCUCCCCUCUUCCUCCUCCUCCUCCUCCUCCUCCCCCUCUCCCUCCUCCCCCCCAACUUCGUUCUCCGCCCAGGUCUCCGUCCGAAACCCUAACCGCAACAUCGGGUUCUUCUUCGGGCCCUUCUCCGGCUCGGUCUACUACCGCGACGACCCCGUCGCGUCCGACCCGUCGAUGGCACCGGGGUUCUACCAGCCGCCGAAGAACACGACGGCGAUCGCCGGGAGGUUCGUCGGCAGCGGCGGAGCAGCGGCUGAGACGGCGGCGGCGGGGAUGGCGAUUGAUCUGGAGACGGCGGGUACGGUCCGGUUCAGGAUGGAGAUGAGGUCGACGGUCCGGUUCAGGGUGUCGGCGUGGAUGGCGUGGGAAACGCACCGGCACGCGUUGCACGUGAGCUGCGACGUGGAGGUGGGCCCCGAUGGUCUGAUAUUGCCCCAGUACAAGGAGCGGAGGUGCUCCAUCUAUUUCUUCUAACUCACAGUGAUAAUUGCCGGAUAAGGGGAAAAGUUGUUUAUUUGGUUUGCUAAUUGCUAAAGAAGAUAGGAUUUGUUCGUUUCUUGUUUCUUUUUCCUUUUUUUUUUUUGUUUUUUACUUUCUCACCAAGUCCAAACAAAAUUGUUUUUUCAUUUA